AUGAGUAAAAACAUAUUUAUUCAAUUAUCAAAUUCAACAAAAGAAUCGUCACAUUUCGAUGAUUUUGAAUAUCCUUUACAAUGUACAUUCGAUAUCUAUGGUUAUAAUGCGUUAUCGAAAACAUAUGAAUUCAUCUAUAACCGUCAAAUGAACAUACAAUAUGGUGCUUUAAUCGGUGGAUUAAAUCUGCAUUUGAAUAUCUUGAAUUGGCAAAAACAUCAUUAUAGAUUGUAUCUUAGUGCAAAAGAUAGAGACAGAAAAUUUAAAUGCAUCUCAUCUAUCACACUUACUCAACAUGGUUUAGUUGACGAAAAUAAUCCUAAGCAUCUUAACACAUUCCUGUUAGAGAUUGAUGGUUAA